CAGAAAUAUUCAAAAGACACCCAAAACUGUCAUGUUUUUUUGAUUUAUUUGCAGGCGAGAAGAUUUUAAUCAAGAAAUAUUCUUUUCAAGUUCUUAAUCAGGCUCUCUUACGGUGGAUAAUAUAAGAACGAAUGACGAAGAAACUUAUUCAGCAGAUGAAAAAGCUGCUUUCAUGUCCUGCGUAUAGUCUUGACUCUCCAAAUCACCAUAUCGGCGUGGACGUAUGUGAGGAAUAUGCUAGCACCUUUCGUACCGAAUCAUACCUCAAUUUCUGGGCACAUGUUGUUGCCUGUUCUUACAUAGAAUCUUCCAUAGCAGCCAGACUCCCUUCUUACCGCUUGUUUGCAGAGCAUCUCUUGGAUCCGGAUCAACCCACCAUUACUCGAGUCUUAUCCAUGACCCAUCACCCUCCCAAAGUCCAUUCCCUUCUUUUAAACUACUUUACCCAAACUGCUAAUGCUUCCCUACUUUGUAGCCAAAUUUUAAAAGAUAUUAAUCACAUGCGUGUUAAGUAUCAAUCCCUUAACACCAUUCUUCACUUUACUCCAAUCAAUUUUUCCACAUUAAUCACCCAUCUAACCAAAUUCUCCAACUCUUUAAACCCGUUUGCCUCAUUUAGGUCAACCCAAUCCCAGUGCUUUGACAUGCUAAAACAGCUCGAGUCAAAGCGUGAUAAAGUGAGAGCCAAGCUGAAAUUAAUAACUAGGCUAAGACGUGGCUUGACUUUGUUGCUUAUGACUAUAACAAGUUCACUUAUUGUGGUUGUUUUGGCACAUGGCUUUGUGUUGCUUGUGGCUGUGCCUGGAUUUGUUACGGCUUCAAUAAUGGACAUGGCUUCAAAAAGGAAGCUAGCUAGAUUAGCAGCUCAGCUUGAUGCAGCUGCUAAAGGGACUUAUAUAUUGAGUAAAGACUUUGAGACAAUAAGCCAACUUGUGGCUCGAGCGAAUGAUGAGUUGAAGCACAUGAAGACGAAUAUUGGAUUUUGGAUUGAGAGAAAAGAAGAUCAAUUAUUCCAAGCCAACGGUGAAGUGGCUCGGCUAAUGAAGAAAAAUCAGUGCAAUUUUAGUGAUCAAUUGGAUGAAUUGGAGGAACAUUUGUAUCUUUGUUUCAUGAAUAUUAAUAGGGCACGCUACCUUGUCUUGAAACAUUUAUUGAAUUCCAGUUUAUCCAAGAAUUUAUAGUUAAUUACCCUUAAAAAUUAAUGUGCUACAUUUAUUGUCCUU